AUGAAAGGCCUCUCAAAGCUUGCUCUGUUUCUUCUUCUUGUUGUUGUUCUUCUUCUUCUUGUCUCUUUGUUAGGGUUACUCUCCGGCGGGUUUUGUGUAUUCUGGUCUCGCCGGAGAUCAGCCGGCGGCGACGAGGAGGCGGGUAUCAAGAGGAUAAGUUUGUACUUUGGAUGCUGGAGGAGUAGAUCAAAGGUGGAGCCGGCGACGGAGGGCAGAGAGCUGGGGAUGUGGCCAACUACGAGGGUUUUGUACACCAUUAAGGAGGAGGAGGAGGAGGAGGAGGAGGAGGAGGAGGAGGUCGCCGCCGGCGAGAAGGAGGAGGAGAAGGAAGGGGAGUUCUUGACGCCGUGUGCUUCGCCGGAGUUUUAUACGCCGGCGCCGUCACCUGCUCGUUCUUGUUAA